UGGCCGGGGCUGGCGCAGGCCGGCGGCGGGCCCCAGGCGCCGCAGCGGCCCCGCAGCAGGAUGAGACAUCGGUGAGCAGUGAGGACUUUGAUAUGAGUGACUCCACAUGGAUGUCAGCUGACCAGCAUCUUAACUCCAGUUUGAGCCCAAGCCAGGAGGAAGGGAUGCGCAGCCCACAGAAUAUCCACAGCCAGGAGGAUGAUGAUUCCUCUUCAGAGAGCUGCAGCGGCAACGGCUCCUCCACCCUGAACCCCUCCGCCUCCAGCAGCACUCAGGGGGAUGCCGCCUACCCUGAGAUGAACGGGAAUGGAGCCGCCGCCCCCAUGGACUUCAGUGCCUCCUCGGAGGACCAACCCAUCAACCUGUGCGACAAGCUGGCGCCCGCCCACCCCGCCCCCUCCUUCCCGCCGGACACGUGCAGUGCGGACGGCCUCCGGAGCCGUGCAAAAUACGGCACCAAAAGCACAGCCGAGUCCCCGCCGUACAGCUCCGGCAGCUACGACUCCGUCAAGACCGAGGUCAGUGGCUGCCCCGAGGACCUGACCGUGGGCCGAGCUCCCACCGCGGACGACGAUGACGACGACCACGACGACCACGAGGACAACGACAAGAUGAACGACUCGGAAGGGAUGGACCCGGAGCGGCUCAAGGCCUUCAAUAUGUUUGUACGCCUUUUUGUGGAUGAGAACCUGGACCGCAUGGUCCCCAUCUCCAAGCAGCCCAAAGAGAAGAUCCAGGCCAUCAUCGAAUCCUGCAGCAGGCAGUUCCCGGAGUUCCAGGAAAGAGCUCGCAAACGCAUCCGCACUUACCUCAAAUCCUGCCGGCGUAUGAAGAAAAACGGCAUGGAGAUGACCAGGCCCACCCCGCCCCACCUGACCUCCGCCAUGGCCGAGAACAUCCUGGCAGCUGCUUGCGAGAGCGAGACGCGGAAGGCGGCCAAGAGGAUGCGGCUGGAGAUCUAUCAGACAUCGCAGGAUGAGCCCGUUGCCCUGGACAAGCAGCACACGCGGGAUUCGGCCGCCGUCACGCAUUCGUCCUACUCACUGCCAGCCUCCUCCUUUUCCCAGGAUCCUGUCUACAUCAACGGGAGCCUGAACUACAGUUACCGGAGCUAUGGGAGCCUGGGAGGCAACCUGCAGCCCACUUCUGCACUCCAGACAGGGAAUCACAGUAAUGGCCCCACUGACCUCAGCAUGAAAAGUGGCGUGUCCACCACCACCACCACCACCACCUCCCCUGCCAACAGCACGAACAGGGGGGUGCCGGCCGCCCAGCUCAGCCCCACGGAGAUCAGCGCGGUGCGGCAGCUGAUCGCCGGCUACCGGGAGUCCGCCGCCUUCCUCCUCCGCUCCGCGGACGAACUGGAAAACCUCAUUUUGCAGCAGAACUGACUGCUCGCCUCCCUGGGGGGUUCCUGUGCCAGGAGGCUCCGCGCACCAGGCUCUCGUUGAUAAUCUGCUCAGGACCGGCUGUUCCUCUGCCAACCGGCCGCGACCAACCUGGCACAGGUCCUUGCUUUUGCUAAGGUGGGAUCCGCAAAAGACCGGCUUCUUCUCAGGCGAGGAGCCUGGGGCCCCACGGACCUGCCUUUUCAGCCUACCUGCGCCGGAGCACCUCACUAAGCCCGAAGGAGAUG